AUGAGUGCAGAUGUCUAUUAUGCCAAUGGAUUGAGGAAUAUCAUACCAUACCUUAGUAAGAGGUCUUCAUAUGCUAAAGGUCGAUGGGUUGGAUUACCACUUUUAACAGUUCUGACAAAGGAGUUCAGGAAGCAAGGUCCAGAUGAGUAUCUGAAGGGAAUUAAAUCUGGCAGGUACAAGAUACGACGUGGUGAUAGAUUUCUGGAGGUUCAAGAUGUGUUGGAGUUACCCAUUGAGCAUAAGGAUAUCAUUGGGAUGACUACUCAUAAUCAUGAACCACCGGUUAAACAAUGGUGUACUUCAAUUGAAGAAGAGAACUCUAUUGUGGAAGGGAAAAUAGGAGGAAUUGAUAUUGUUUAUGAAGAUGAUGAGUUAUUAGUGGUAAAUAAGCCUUCAGGUAUUCCUGUUCAUCCCACUGGGCAAUAUUAUCUGAAUACUUUAACAGAAAUACUGAAGAAGCAUGGGAAAUUGGUUUCUCCUUGUUAUAGAUUGGAUAAAACUACCUCAGGGUUAUUAAUUAUGGCAAAAAACCAAAUAAUUGCCUCCAAGUUGCAAGAAAAGAUUAGAGUCCAUGAUAUGACAAAGUUAUACCUCGCUAGGGUUGAAGGUCAAUUUCCAAAAAUUUUAGAAGUUCCAACUGAUUUGAUUUUAACUCAAGAAAUGAUUCUAGAGAGGAUUAUGACACCUGCUUUAAAGAGUUCUGUCGAUUCUGAUAUAUUUACUUUGGAGUUGAAAAAACAAUUUCCCGCCGGUCUUUCACCAUCAAGGGAAGCUAAGACAGAUUUUUACCCAGUAAAAUAUAUACCUGACUUGGAUCAAAGUAUUGUGUUGUGUAAACCGUUGACAGGCAGAACUCACCAAAUUAGGAUACACUUGGCAAGAUUAGGAUUCCCAAUCGUCAAUGAUCACUUUUAUAAUUUAAGACAUUCUAAGUAUCCAAAAAGAUCAAGAUUUUUAUUGGAAUUGGCUUCUUGGGAGAAAUCAGGUCUUCCUCCUUCCACACUCAAGGAAAAAUUCGACCAGCUUGAAGAAGAAUUAAGAGAAUAUCAAAAUUCUAGUUCCAUGCAAAGAAAUGAUGAGGUGUGUGAGAUAUGUGGAUCUGAUUUAUCAUCACCGAUUAAGUUAAACGAGUUGGAAUUAUAUUUACAUGCAUGGAGAUACUCUGAUAAUGAAAACAAUUUCAAUUUUGUAACUGAGAUCCCAAAAUGGAUUGAAUAG